AUUGCAAAAGGGAGGACUGGGGCUGAGUUGCGGACAGUCCCUAGUCCUUUCCCUCCCUUAGUUGAUCCUCUGGGCAAGGUAUAUAGUUCUGGUCUGAACUGAGCUCUCAUCUCAACUCUCAAUAUCAUCACGAUGUUGAACUGCCUCUUCCUCCUGAAGGCACUUCUUGCUCUGUGGUCCUUGGCAUACUGGCUAACUUCAGGAGAGCAUGUGAAAGAAGGAGAAUGCCCUCUGGAUAAGAACCCAUGCAAAGAGCUGUGCCAAGGGGAUGAAUUGUGUCCGGCUGGGCAGAAGUGCUGUAGCACAGGCUGUGGUCGGGUCUGCCGAGGAGAUAUUCCUAAGGGGAGGAAAGGAAAUUGUCCCAGGGUUGUUUUGAAACAACCUUGUUUUAAAAGGUGCAUCACUGAUGAGACAUGUCCAGGAGUAAAGAAAUGCUGCACAUUUGGCUGCAACAAGAGAUGUGUAGCUCCAAUCCUUAAGCAGAAGCUGGAGUUUGGUGGUAAAUGUCCUGCUGAUCCCCUUCCAUGUGAGGAGCUGUGUGAUGGGGAUGCGUCCUGUCCCCAGGGGCAUAAGUGCUGCAGCACCGGCUGUGGCCACGCCUGCCGCGGAGACAUCAAGGAAGGGAGGGGCGGUGAUUGUCCUAACAUUUUGGUGGGCCUGUGCAUCAUAGGCUGCUUGAUAGAUGAGAACUGCCCGGUGGGGGAAAAGUGCUGCAAGUCAGGCUGUGGCCGGUUCUGUGCCCCACCAGUCCUGCCACCCAAACUGACCAUGAACUCCAACUGGACGAUCAAGUCUGAUUCUGAAUUGAGAUCCCCGUGCCCUAACUGUUCUGAUUUGUCCUGAGCUUCUUUGGUGACUCCAGGGGUCCUGUCCUGGUAGACAGUGGAGGAUGACGCCCUGGGGCUUGUGAUACUUCAGGGGACACUCACUGCCCUCUCUCCUCUGCUUCUCUUCCCAUUGCUGCCCUGAGCACAGGAAACAGCCCUGGGGUUGGGCAGUGGAAUUGGUGCUUCUCCCCAAU